AUGGCCGCCGAACAGCGCAAGCUGCUUGAGCAGCUGAUGGGCGACCAAUUCAUGGGCGCCGGCACAUCUUCCAAAAGUUCCAAUCUCACUCUCACCUCCCCCAACGUAUGUCGAUCGUACCUAGUCGGCACAUGCCCACACGACCUCUUCACAAACACCAAGCAAGACCUGGGUGCUUGCCCGAAAGCGCACCCGGAAAAUCUCAAGAUGGAAUACGACGGCCUUUCAGCGGCGGAGAAGUCAAAAUACGGCUUUGAGUACGACUACAUGCGGGACAUGCAGAAAUACAUCGACGAAUGCAACCGGAGAAUCGACCAGGCGCAGAGACGGCUAGAGAAGACCCCCGACGAAAUCAGACAGACGAACAACCUGCUCAAGACGAUAUCAGAUCUGACGAAGACGAUAAACACGGGCCUACUGGAGGUCAAUUGCCUGGCCGAGAUGGGAUCCGUGUCACUGGCGUGCUCGGAGUUCUACAAAGUGCGCACGGCAAAAAUCGCGAAAGAGCAGGCGGAGCGAGACCUCAAGUCACUUUCAGAUACAAGUGGACCGUCGGGCCAUCAGAAACUGCAGGUCUGCGAUGUCUGUGGCGCGUACCUGUCUAGGCUGGACAACGAUAGGCGCUUAGCAGAUCACUUUUACGGGAAGAUGCACUUGGGCUACGCGCAGAUGCGGAGGACAUAUGAACAGCUGCAGAAGGAGCUGAAGGGCCGUCCGCCACCGGUGAGGCAGGAGGAAAGCAGCCCUGCCGGUCCACGAGGGCACGAUGAUGGAGGAUAUGGCGAUGGAGGUGUUGGAAGCGGCUGGGGAAGUCGAGGCGGAUACGGCGGGCGUGGUGGCUAUCGAGGAGGUGGAGGGUAUCGCGGGCGAGGUCGAGGGAGGUGGUGA